AUGGCCAUCGAGGUCCCGUCCAAGACCUUCACGCGCGAGGAGGUCGCCAAGCACAACACCGAGGACUCGGUGUGGUUCGUCAUCGACUCGGUUGUCUACGAUGUGUCUGACUUCGUCGACGCCCACCCAGGCGGCGAGGCCGUCCUGCGCCAGGUCGCCGGCACCGAUGCUACGAGCGACUUCUACAACCUGCACCGCCACGAGGUGCUCGUCAAGUACGCCGACCUCGCCAUCGGCACCCUCGCCGGCGAGAAGCCCAGCGUCAUCACCCCCAAGCCCGGCGACCUGUCACUCGUCCCCUACGCCGAGCCCCUGUGGCUCACGCCCUCGUUCCGAAGCCCCUACUACAAAGACAGCCACCGGCGGCUGCAGCGUGCGAUCCGCGAGUUCACAGAACUGUACAUCACCCCCGAGGCGCAGGAGAAGGAGCGCGAUGGCACGCACAUCAGCCAGGGCUUGAUUGACCGCAUGUCCAAGGCGGGUAUCCUGCACAUGCGUCUCGGUCCGGGCAAGCACCUGCAGGGCGUGGAGCUUCUCGGCGGCGCUGUUGAGCCGAAGGAGUUUGACUACUUCCACGACCUCAUCAUGGCACAGGAGAUGGUGCGCGCCAACGCGAGAGGCUUCCAGGACGGCAGCCUGGCAGGAAUGGUCAUUGGCCUGACCGCCGUCUUGAACUUUGCCAAUGACGAGAAGUUCAAGAAGAAGAUCUCGGAUGAGGUGUUCAGCGGGAAGAAGAAGAUUUGCCUGGCCAUCACAGAGGCAUUUGCUGGAAGCGACGUCGCCAGGUUACGCACAACUGCAGUUAAAACCCCUGAUGGCAAACACUAUAUCGUCAACGGAACAAAGAAGUGGAUCACGAAUGGGACAACAUACAUCACCUUUGACAAUGUCAAGGUCCCAGUCGAGAACCUGCUUGGAAAGGAGAACCAGGGCAUCUACGUCAUCCUCAGCAACUUCAACCACGAGAGAUGGACCAUGGCCUGCGCGACGAUCCGCUACAGCCGGACCGUCGUAGAGGAGUGUCUCAAGUGGGCACACCAGAGACUGGUGUUCGGGAAGCGCCUCAUCGAUCAGCCGGUGAUUCGACUAAAGCUCGCCAAGAUGAUUGCGCUCGUGGAAGCAAACCAGUCUUGGCUGGAGACCAUCACCUACCAGAUGUGCAACAUGCCGUACUCCGAGCAGGCCAAGUUUCUCGGCGGUCCGAUAGGUUUGCUCAAGAUGAGCUGUACGCGAGCAGCUCACGACAUUGCCGAUGAGUCUGUUCAGAUCUUCGGUGGACGGGCGUUGACCCAGACAGGCAUGGGGCGCGUGGUUGAGAAUUUCCAAAGGACGUACAAGUUUGAUGCAAUCUUGGGUGGUGCUGAAGAAGUCUUGGGCGACCUUGGCGUUAGGCAGGCAAUGAAGUUCAUGCCGAAGGCAAUGUUGUAA